ACAUUGCGAGAUCUUCUAACUUCUCCGUUUCCGUAUUUCCAAACGUGUUAUAUCCUCAAGAAGUGCAAAAAAUAUAUUAUUUCCCGCCAUCCUUUUGAUUUUUUUGGUCACAUUUUCUAAGAAAUAACAUUUUCUCUCGCUGCCUGUGUAAGUUUCUCUCUUCGGUGUGACUCUUGGGAUGAAAUUAUCAUGCUAGCGUAGCGUUAUUUUACGAGUAGCCAGGCUAAAAGGCCCUGCUAGCUAGCGUUGUUAGCUACGCUAGCUGAUAUGUAGCUAGCUAACGUUAGAUUGCGACUUUCUUUAAAACAAAUACUAAUUCAGUGUUUAAUGUUGUAUGGUGUAUUUUCUUAGGUAACUAAAACGCUGACAAUGUGGCUGUUCAACUGAACUAACCGGCUAGCAUACACAGUGGCUAGCUAACGUUAGGAACCGUGCUAUGGUGGGCUGUUUAUUUUUUUGUUUGACCUUUCAUUUAACUAGGCAAAUCAGUUAAUAAGAGCAAAUUCUUAUUUUCAAUGACGGCCUAGGAACAGUGUGCUAACUUCCUCAAGUGAUGGCAUAGCUUUUGGUUUUUCUAACUAGUUUCACGUAUCCUGAUUUGUUCUAGCCAGAUGAGUGCGUUUCGCACUGGUUGCUUUGUGACGGUUUUCUUCUCUUCUCUGCAUUUAACUGAAAUGUCGCCCCCUCCAAUUAUGUUAAUGGUCGAUGAUUAUGAAACCCUGAAUCACGGUGUGCGACUGGAGAUUUUUUAUCUCGCUCGCCGUAAAAAGUAAUCUAUCUAGUUUAUACAAAUUAUAUAUUUUUAUAGGUGUCAGUAUAUGUUGGCGUUAAAUUGACCAAUGGCGUGUGUGUGCUCUACAUGAAAUGUAUUUUGUGGCAUGACGUUUUGACUAGUAGCCGUCACAGUAGGGUGUGGGCUGCUUCUUUUUGAUUUGUGCAGCAGAACGACUAAUCAUACUCAAGUAUGCCAGAUAUUACUCUUAUGCCUAUGGUGCAUUUCCAGUAGACUUUACCCUGGUGAUUGGACUGAAGACUUGUUUUUUUCCACCUCUGAGGCCUGGCCCCCCAAAAAUCGAAAGGUCUUGGGCCGUGAACUUACUCACGCCAGACCUGGGAAAGUAACUUUUUUUCCAGAACAUGGUUAACACAAAGUGGUGCUGUUUGUGCUGUUGUCGGAAUGGCGGUGGUCAUCCAUUUACAGGGGCUCAGAAUCACUGCAGGUUCUGAGGAUGUUCGCAAUUUCUUCACUGGCCUCAAAAUCCCAGAUGGUGGGGUGCACAUUAUUGGUGGGGAGCGUGAGGAGGCUUUCAUAAUCUUUGCUUCCGAUGAAGACGCGAGGCGGGCGAUGACCCGUUCGGAGGGAUCCAUCAAAGGUUUUCCGGUUCACUUACGGCUGAGCAGCAAGUCAGAAAUGCAGGCCGUUCUCAAGCAAAGUAUAAAACCCGAGGUGACCAAAAAGAGGCCGUAUAAGGAAGGUUUCAGAAGACCGGAAAGAGAGGGCAGGAAUGAGGAACCUGGAAGAAAAGAGCUUGUAGAGAUGGGCAGUAGAUCAGGGUCUUACAGUAAUGUACGUAGUCAGGCCCGAAAGCCUUCCUCACAGCCCAUCAGUCAAGAUGACUUGUAUUUGCUUAUGCAAGGCAUGCCUUUUACUACGAACGAAGACGACGUGAAAGAAUUCUUUAGCGGAUUAGAGGUGGAGGACAUUAUUAUAAUGAGAAAUGACCGCGGCCAACCAAAUGUGAAAGGAAUUGUCAAGUUCAAAUCCAGACGGGAUGCUAGAGAGGGUCUGAAAAGAAAUCGGCAUUACAUUGGAACUAGGUUUGUGGAAAUCGAUGUAUGCUCAGAAGAGCAGUAUUUUAAGGCAGAUGUUGGUAGGGAACAGAUGUUGGCAUGGAACAGCAGUGGUACGUUUAGAAGAGGGCCUUCCUCAGCUCCCACUGAGAGGUCUCCUCCAGACCGUGCUAGGUCUUUCUCACCAGUGGCCUACAGGUCUAAGUCCCCUUCUCCUUCCAAUGAUGAGUUCUGUGUCUUGGUGGAAAACCUUCCCUACUUAGUGGAGAAGAGGGACAUAAAGGAGAUCUUCAUUCAUGCAGACCUCAAGUAUGAUCAGAUCCUUCACCUUCUUGACAAGUAUGGGUCAGAGACAAGGUCCGCAUUUGUGCUGUUCAACAACCUGAGGGACUACGGUGCUGCCUUGACUCUUCACAAGAAGAAAUUUCUCAAACGAUGUGUGUACAUCUCUCCUAUCUCGAAAGAGAAAAUGGUCACCAUGCUAGAAUCUGGGGGAAAUACAAUGGAGGGCACACCACCCUCUGAAAGGUCUUCCAGCCGAUCUCAGGAAAGGCCUCCAAGAGAGACCGAGAAGGAUGUGUAUGAAUCUGAGAAGAUUUGCCUGUAUGUGCGAAACCUGCCUUUCGACGUGCGCAAAGUUGAGAUUGUGGACUUCUUCCUAGGCUUCAGAAUCUCAGAGGAGGCUGUUGUUUUGCUGCUUGACCAUAAGGGCAAUGGGCUUGGAGAGGCUUUGGUGAUCUUUCAGACUGAGGAGGAGGCUAUGAGGGCACAGUCUCUGAAUGGGCAAGGGUUUCUUGGAACAAAUCUCAUCCUGAAAUGCAUUUCUCUGGCUCAGAUGCGUGAAUUUGGUGUUGGUGAACCUGCAGUGAAAGAGCAAAAGAUAGAGAGAAGCUCAGAGAGGUACCUGGCCAGGAACAGUGAGGCGAUGUCCCAUCUGUACACUGAUUACAGGGUAAACCCUGAUAUAGGCCAUCUUCCUAUGAACGACCUGCAGGUUCAUAUUCAUGGAGGCAGCAGUCUGGGUCUCGAUUCUCAAAUGAUGGAAAGCCCUGUUCUGCUUGACAACCGGGGCAAUGGCUCUGCUCAUAGACAUGGAGGCUAUGGACCUUCUGCACCGCAGCAGUUUGAUGGUCCAACAUGCCUGAAACUGGUUAAUCUGCCUUCGACUAUCAGAAUUGACGAAAUCUAUGACUUUUGCUAUGGAUAUCGUGUAAUUCCUGGAUCGGUCUCAUUGCAGUAUGACAACAAAGGGAUUCCCAAAGGCUCAGCAACGGUUGUUUUUGGAUCUCGCUUGGAGGCGUUAACGGCAGUUGAGGAAUUGAGUGGAAGACCAAUAGGCAGCAGAAAAGUAAAACUAGUUUUUGUGUGAAAUCCGUAUAGAACAGGAAAGAACCUUUUGGGGCUUUAAAAUGUGAUGUUUUAGGAAGAACAACUCACAGUAUUUGGUUAGUCUGAUGGAUUCCAACAAUGGCGACUGAACAAUUGUAGAUUUAAAAAAAUACUGUGUGUGUAUGUGUAUAUAGCCUUCUACUCAAUGUGUAACGGACAAACCUUUUGUCCAUAGUUUUUUUCCCCCCCUUAAAGAAUAACAAAAUGAUUUAUUUGUAUUUUGCCCAUCGCUUGCUUGUCAUGUAGCCUGUUUCUGAAGCUUUUUCUUUUUAGUGAAAUUUGCCUGAAAUUGUAUUUUCUUUAACAGCUGGGUGAAGGUAAAACUUAAUUUUGCUACUAUUUGUUUAAAUGUUUAUUGCAUUCUGUAGUGUAAAAGUUGUCCAUUUAAACUUAGUGGAAAUUCUUUUGAUUAAAAUUCAUAAUGUUCUCCUGUUGUCAUCUUCCAAGAUUGUCUAAGAUAUUGUGUUGUAUGAUAAAUACUGCAUUGCCCAUGGUC